AUGCAGGUGGGAUCGGGCUUCCAGGCUCAACCUGCCCUGUUGGAGACCUCCUCCACCCCUCCUCACAGCUCCGUAGCCGUCACUCUUGAAGAGCCGCACCUUUGGGCCAAGUUUCACCGUACAGGGACAGAGAUGAUUAUUACCAAAACUGGGCGACGAAUGUUUCCACAAUUCAAGAUCAAAGUUACUGGCUUGAUCCCAUAUGCCAAGUAUCUCAUGCUGGUAGAUUUCAUGCCAAUGGACAACUUCAGGUACAAGUGGAACAAGGACCAGUGGGAGAUUGCAGGGAAAGCCGAGCCACAGCCCCCAUGCCGGACAUACGUCCACCCAGAAUCUCCUGCCCUGGGUAGCCACUGGAUGAAGGAGCCCGUUUCCUUCCAGAAACUCAAACUGACAAACAACACCUUGGACCAGCAGGGGCAUGUCAUCCUUCACUCCAUGCAUCGCUAUAAGCCGCGUUUCCACGUCAUGCAGGCAGACGGCCUCUUCAGCACCCGCUGCAGCAUCUUCCAUUCCUUCAGCUUCCCAGAGACCGUCUUCACCUCUGUGACCGCCUAUCAGAAUGAAAAGGUCACGAAACUGAAGAUCUACAACAAUCCAUUUGCCAAAGGCUUCAGAGAACAUGGGAAGAAUGUCCGUCGCCGGGAAAAGAUCGGUCGGGGAAGAAGUCCAGCCAAAGUAGCCAAGAUGGCCCCCCAGCUUUCUGCAGAGGAAGUGGUGCAGGAGGUAGUGGAAGGCUUGGUGUAA